UCGGCGCCACCGUCGAGAUAACACAGUCCGAGGAGCGUCAUCUUUACCGGUGCGUGCGCGAGUGUAUGUAGUAAAUAUCGGGUGCACCGAAAUAAUCAACCGACGGACAAACAGAAGGAAGUGACUGUCAGAAAAAGGGUAAUUUUAUGACUGAAAAGUGGCGCGAAUCGGUGUUUUUUUAGAACCUGGACGAAUUUCGGUGGAGCGGCUAGGAUACGAAGCGGCGUUCCGGAGCGGACAAGAGAAAAGGAGUUCAAGUUGAAGAAUCGCCACAAUCAGGUGUAGCGACGAUGCGCUGUGCCGUGCGUUAGCUGGGAGUAUGGGAGCACCGGAAUGGGCAUGCGCAAGCACCUCCGGGCCCCCCCGACCGACGACGCAGCUCUUCUGCGCCGACGACUCGUUCCGGCACUGCUGCUCAGUGUUGCCGCUGCGGCUGUCUUGCUUCCACACGCAGCAUCCGGUAAUGGAGCCAGCAACGGAGGCGGCUACCAGGACGCGGUCCACAUCACCGCCAUCUUGGGGGAGUCGGUGGUCUUCAACUGCCACGUGGAGUUCCCCGAAGGUCACCCAGUACCGUACGUGUUACAGUGGGAGAAGAAGGUAGGCGACACGAAGAGCCGUACCUUGAUUGAGUACUUUUUAAAGGGACAGGACAUACCGAUUUACAUUUGGUACGAGAGCUACCCCACGCACAGCGGCGAAGGGUACGAAGGGCGGGUGUCCAGGGUGUCCGAGGAUUCUCCCUAUGGAGCGGCCUCGCUUAACCUCACCAAUAUCCGGGAAUCUGAUCAGGGAUGGUAUGAAUGUAAGGUGGUGUUCCUCAACCGAUCACCGAACCACCCGAAGAACGGCACCUGGUUCCAUCUGGACGUUCACGCACCUCCCAGGUUCGUAGUGACCCCCGACGACCUCAUUUACGUGAACCUGGGGGACGCGAUCAUCCUGAACUGCCAGGCGGAGGGAACACCUUCUCCAGAAAUACUCUGGUACAAGGAUGCUAAUCCCGUAGAUCCCACCACCACCAUAGGUAACAUAGGUAUUUUUAAUGACGGCACAGAACUACGUAUAUCGAACAUAAGACAUGAGGACAUUGGAGAUUACACGUGCAUCGCACGUAACGGAGAAGGUCAAAUAUCUCAUACGGCUCGAGUUAUUAUUGCUGGCGGGGCUGUUAUCAUGGUUCCGCCUACCAAUCAAACUAAAUCGGAAGGUGACAAGGUUCAGUUCAAUUGCGAAGCCAAAGCUCAACCUGGCAACGUCACAGUAAAAUGGUUUCGAGAAGGAGCGCCCGUAAAAGAGCUGGCAGCGUUGGAGACUAGAGUCACAAUCAGACGCGACGGUUCUCUGGUCAUCAAUCCGGUCAGUUCUGACGAUUCCGGGCAGUACCUGUGCGAAGUCAGCAAUGGAAUUGGAGAGCCCCAAAGCGCAUCAGCUUACUUGAAUGUCGAAUAUCCGGCCAAAGUGACAUUCACGCCCACUAUUCAGUACCUGCCUUUUCGUUUGGCCGGAGUGGUGCAAUGUCACAUUAAAGCCAAUCCGCCGCUGCAGUAUGUGACGUGGACCAAGGACAAGCGUUUACUAGAGCCAUAUCAGACCAAAGAAGUAGUCAUUAUGAACAAUGGGUCGUUGUUGUUUACUAGAGUGAACGAAAACCACCAGGGCCGGUAUACGUGCACCCCGUACAACGCCCAAGGAACCCAAGGUAGUUCCGGUCAAAUGGAGGUUUUGGUGAGAAAACCUCCAACCUUCACUAUCGAACCGGAAGCCAUGUACCAAAGAAAAGUUGGCGAAACCGUCGAGAUGGCUUGCGACGCGGCAGAAGCUGAAGGUACUCAGAAACCAACAAUUCAGUGGCAGAGAAGGGAUGGUACUCCUUUGCCGAAGAACCGAAUAAAAAUUGUCGGAGGAAAUAUAACAAUUGACAGUCUACGCAGAGCAGAUUUUGGAUUUUACCAGUGUGUUGCAACGAACGAAGUAGCAACAAUAGUCACAUCAACACAACUAGUUGUCGAGGGUACUCAACCUCACGCACCUUACAACCUCUCCGGUACUGCGACGGAGUUUAGCGUAACUCUAAGUUGGAUGCCAGGAUAUAGUGGAGGUCCUGAUUACAAGCAAGAUUACACCCUGUGGUAUAGAGAAGCAGGAGUUUCUGAAUGGGCUACGAUUCCUGUAACUCCUUCGGGAAGUACCCAGGUCACUAUCAACCGACUUGCACCUGGAACGACUUACGAGUUUCAGGUGGUUGGCAAAAAUGCUCUUGGAGAGGGUAUGAUGAGCAAGAUCCUGACCAUUAGAACGCUAGAAGUUGGAUUGCCCCAUCAGGUUAUAAUAACUCCUACGUCUAUUAUUACCCCAAACGACGAGAAUUUGGGUCCAAAACCGGGUGCUCCUAGAAAUCUGACUGUGACCGAAGUGGAUCAUGGUUUCCUCAUUACUUGGAUGCCUCCCUUGGAGAAAUCCGUUAUUGUUCAUCACUACGUCAUCAAGUAUCGAACUGAUGGUCCAUGGAAGACCUUGAAUAAAGCUCAAAUACGACCAGAAGAUACACAUUAUUUAGUUAAGAAUCUUGUGGGUGGUCGGACAUACUAUUUUCGGAUCUUUGCCCACUCGGAACAAAGCUACGAGGGCAGCGAGCAAGUGAAAUUUUCAGUGCCAGCAAGGGUAAAACACAAGGCCAUUACAGCAGGAGUUGUGGGCGGUAUUUUGUUCUUCAUCGUAGCCAUCAUCUUGUCAGUUUGUGCUGUUAAGAUUUGCAAUAAACGAAAACGACGAAAACAAGAGAAAGCCUACAACAUGGUAGCGUGUAGAAUCUCGGAUGCCAGGAAUGGGGGUGGAGCCACCGACAGCCAAGUGCCUUUAAAAAAGACGGUUGAGUCCGAGUCUUACCGUGAUUACGAGAGCGUGUUUAUAAUUCCUGGGACAAGCGUUGACACGAACCUUUCUGAUCCCUCUCUCGUGUGUUCCUUGCCGCCGCUCUACGGACCUGCGCAGGAGGAAAAAAGACUUAGAAAAGGCAGAAUACCAGGUCUGAGCGUGCUGACCUUCGCCUUGAACUGGAUCUGGCCGCGAGACCGUUGCCGUUCGGACAGCCUCUCCAGCCUGACGUGGCACCCGGACUACCUUCAGCCCGGAUCGCCAUCUAAGUCCCUAGCCCGCAUAUCCAGGGCCGCCGACGGUCGCUUCAUCCUCGUGGACCCUCACGGCCAGCGCUCCUCCACUCCAUCCAACUCCUCCAGCAGCGACGACGGAGGGUUCCUCCCCAGCCGAAGAGGCAUCCGCAACCGAGCCUCCUGGAGGAGACCGUUGGUGGGAUAUCCGAGUCAGUUGAGUCUGCGUUCGGACGCUUCCGGUCAGUCGGGAGGGGGCAUAGGAUUUUUUCUAGGUUCACCUCGAUUUCAUCCACCUUUCCAACUUAUUUCGACAGUCUACACUCCUCAGACGCCCAAAAUUCAGAGUAGUUCACCGGCUGCGUCGAGUGGUUUGUUAUUGACGCCCUGGUCACCCAUGUACUUCAGUGAUUUGAGCUCGGUGCGAUACACCAGCUCGGGAGAGCGAUCUUACCCGACACCACCGGGUUUUGUUCAGUUAAGAUCCAUUCACGAACGAUAUUCUCAAGAGUUGCCUCCUUUGCGAGCCAUACACGAAGAACAUCAAGGUUUUAUUCCAGUACAACCGGAACCAGAUAGCCCUAGACCUCCACCUACGAGAUUCCGAGCUAGUCGACUACUACCGCCACGUCAUGCCAGACUGGCCCGCAGCGCGCCUGAGCUAGAUCACCUGGAUCGCUCACCAGAAAGCCGAUCUAGUAGCAGCGGCUUCGGCAGCAAGAACACCUCUUCCCAACAGAACCAAAGUUCCCAUAGUGGAAGUACGUUCAUCGACUGGCGUCUACCACCUUACAGACCUCCUCCCCCGCCCCCGAUGUUGCCACCGCCUCCGCCGUUGAUGGGUCAUUGGUUGGAACUGGCCUCCAGCAGUCCUUCGGCGUCGGAUCACUUGCAUAAGGCUGUGGACGUGGGUAGUGUUGAUGGGCACUACGAGUUUGACCCCAGCACGCCUACGCCUACUCCGUCCACUCCUACUGGGUCCAGAGAUGUGGAUGUAGUGGACGGUGGUCCGGGACCGCCACAGAGGAAGGUAUUUGCUCUACGAAGUCGGUACGAUAAUAUUGAUGCUAGGGUACAAGCGAUGAAGGAGGAAUUUAACGAGUUUCGAAAAAGACAGGCCAGUAGAAGACGAAGCCACGAACUAGAAAGUGCUUGUUGACGUUAGUUAAACUGUAUAUACGAUGAAGUUUAGAUAGAACAUGAGUCCAGAGUAGGAAUUUGGUAUACAGCAUUUUCAUAUAUUUGCCAUUCGUCACAAACUGAGAAGGAAAUUAUAUACAACGAGGUAGCACUAAUGGACAAGAAGGUUAGGAAUGUGAAUACAUUUCCAUAGGCCAAGUCAACAUCGAUAAUAGAGUAAAUACCAUGCAAGGAUAUUAUAUAGAUAGGGCGGUAGACUAACUAAAGUAACUCAGUGUCUACUUAUGUAAAUGAUCCAGAAACGAAGAUAUACUUUGGUAACUUAUGCAUAAAUAUGAAAGCCUAUUGAACAGUUGGCCAGUAUAAGAGCCAACUUAAGAAUGCCUGUUGAUAGUUUGUUCUCAAAAUGAAUACCGUCAAUGAAAUACAGAAGGUCAGAAAUUUUUGCUUAAGUUAAUAAAUAAGGCUAUUAAAAAAUUGAUAAUUUACUAAAGUCAAAUACAGCACCGCCCCCACAGGAAUAAAUAUAUCGGUCAAUUGUAAAACUCGAUCUACUUAAGCAAACAUUUUCGACCAAAAUUAAACCAAAAUAA